ACCUGAAGCAACUCUGUAAAAAAAAGAAAACGGGAUAAAAUACAUGCGCGAUGGCAGUAAUGCUUCCUAUUGCUGUUUUCUGUUAUAUUUAUAGCAGUGAACGUAACAUUUGGAUGCAUUUACGCGAAAUCUGCACACUGCCCUUUCACUUGCACCACGUGUCCAUUACACGGGCUCGCGUCUUCAGUUUGAAAUUUUAAAAUUCCCUCCAAGUUUCCCGCCGGACCACUUUAUUUGCAGGGACUUCCGCUCGCAGUUUAGAUAUCCCGUGUCGUUUUCCGGGUGGUGGUUAUACUCAGGCAAGCGAGCCCGUCGUUAUAAUCAACCUUGUUAACAAAAGUUGCUUAACGGGUUGAGUUCAUCGGCACGUGAAGGAAAAAGACAUGCAUAUCAAAACCGGUACAUGGGAAGCAAGCAACACUGUGUGCGAGUCAGAAACUCUGUGUGACCAAGCAGUCCUUGUGUCAGCAACCAAGUCCGAGCCCCAGAUCCGUAACCGUCGCCUGUCUCCUGGUUCAGGCCACUGUGGGGGAGGAGGAGGCUUUAUCUCCGGAAGCGACCAGACUCCACGACAGCGUUCGCCUCAGGCCGAGCCGAACGGCCCCAGCCACGCUCACGGCCAGAGCUUCCGCAGGGAGAAAGAGCGUAAAACCCAGCCUCACAAAGGUCGCUCCAUCCGGAGGGAGAGUCAGAAGGGUGCUGUUCGGGUCGUGGAGCGGCCACAAAAGGUUAACCAGAAGGAGAAGUGGGUGGAGGACAGUCUGUCGCUGCUCAAGCCCCCACCUGCUUUCCCUGUGCAGGACAGUCCUGCCAAGCUGCAGCCUGCUGUGAGCUACGCUUCUAAGGUGAAGGCAGGAGCAACAAGCGGAACACUGGAGGAGGACCGCCCCGCCAUUGGUGACCUGCUGCAGAACCAGUGGGGCUUAAGUUUUAUUAGUGAAGCUAAGCCAAUCUCAGAAGGACCCCUGCCUCACCCUGCUGCUAGUCCUCUUCUGGACACAGAUGAACACCCAGCAGACCUACAGAAUGAUGCAGCUCUCACAUUUCAGCUCCCUGAGGAAACUCCCGUUCCUGUUUCUGAGGCAGUCACAUGUGCAGAGGUGGAGGCCAACGGGGACCUCCUACUUAGUUGUCGCCAUCUAGUGGAAGCUUUGAACUAUCACAAUAGAGAAUGGAAUAUUAUCUGUAACAGACAGAAGAAAGAUCCAAAAAGAGUUAACUGGUACAAGGAGACCCAGGAGCGCCCAGCCUAGCAGCAUGACUGACACAGAGCUUUAAACGCAUACAGAACACACACCUUCACACACAUUUAUACUCACAAAAGAUGGACAAAUUUGAGUCCCAUUCACACGCUGCACUCAGGAUGAUGUCUUCACAUAAAGCCACAUUGAGACACUUUGGACUAACUCCUUUGAGAUCUUACAGCAAUGGACUUUUUUUAACGCCUUAUAGAAAGCCUGCCUUAAAUAAUCACCUCAUUCCUGUUUUAGCUUCUUCCUAUAAAGCUGCCCCCCCAUUGUUUUUUCUUUUAACAAUCUGAGGAGUCUAAUUUAAUGUUUUUUGUUCCCUUUUGAAAGCUGCGGUUUUAAUAAACUUUGUCCUCUGCAAAGCGAGUGGUCAAUCAAGCACUUUGUUUAAAACUGACCAGUCCCUGUGCGCGAGAAGCCCUCGGUGAAUUUUUUAUUUCCCCGUUUUCAAUUCUAAACCAGAUGAAUGUCCUGUACCUACUUGAUCUUUAUGAAUGCAGGGGUUGUCAGUAUCAUGUCUUCAGUUUACAGAGGGGUGUAGUCAAAGGCACAGAACAGUUCACCCCACAAAUCUUAAUGCUGUGUUCUCAUUUGUUUUUUUAUUUGGUUCCUAUCGGGUGAAUGUUUAAAUCCAUAAGGGAUGUCAUGUUCCGUGUGCUAGGUUUUGAAAAUGAUUUGAAUUAAAGCAAAAAAUUACACUGGAGAUGGAGGAACGUAAGAAAGUAUUGCUUAAUAAAAAUGAAUAAACUUUGAAA